AGAUGGAUCAUUCAAGUAACCCGCGCUUUGAAAUAAUCGAUUUAUCUAUCGAAACAGUGUUCUGCUGCGUUUGUUAGUGGUUGGACGUCUGCGUUUAUUUAAAGUUUAUUAAGAGAAUUGUACACGCAUUAAUUAAAGUAUAAGAUGGGUAUGCCAAAACAUGCUCAAUUUUUGGCUCGUACAGUUAUGGUCCAAAACAACAAUAUUGAAAAAGCAGCUCGUUUAUUGAAUUCCAUACUAUCGAGAGAAGGAAUUUUUACCCAAUUUAGACGUACUAGAUAUUAUGAAAAACCUACGGCCACAAGAAGGAGAAUAAAUUACGAAAAAUGUAAAGCUAUUUAUCACGAAGACAUGGAAAGAAAAAUUCAAUUUAUUUUAAGAAAAAACAGAGUUGAUCCGUAUCCUGGUUGCUCAUAAAUUAAAUUUACGAUGUAUUUAAACAUACGUACACAUAAAUGUUUGUAAAUAGUGUUGUAUGUUAAAAUAUAUGCGUUUCAGAUACUAA